AUGAAGUAUAUUUUAGUGACCGGCGGCGUUAUUAGCGGCGUUGGCAAAGGCGUCAUAUCCAGCUCGUUCGGCGCCAUUUUGAAAUGCUGCGGCAUCGAAGUAACAUCGAUCAAAAUCGACCCAUACAUUAACUUAGACGCCGGAACGUUUUCGCCAUACGAACACGGUGAAGUGUUUGUGCUAGACGAUGGCGGUGAAGUGGAUUUAGACUUGGGAAACUACGAAAGAUUCCUCAAUAUCACACUGCAUAAAGAAAACAACAUUACGACAGGAAAAAUAUACAAACACGUUAUCGAUAAGGAACGCCACGGGGAUUAUCUAGGCAAGACGGUUCAAGUGGUGCCCCACAUCACCGAUGCGAUACAAGAAUGGGUGGAACGCGUUGCCCAGAAACCCGUCUCGGAGACAGGCAAACCACCGCAGGUGUGCAUCAUCGAACUGGGCGGCAUCGUCGGCGACAUCGAGAGCAUGGCCUUCGUCGAAGCGUUCAGACAGUUCCAGUUCAGGGUGGGCAGGGAGAAUUUCUGCGUGGCGCACGUGUCGCUGGUGCCCCAGCCUAAAACGACGGGCGAGCACAAGACGAAGCCGACGCAGACGUCGGUGAGGGAGUUGAGAGGUUUGGGACUGUCGCCCGAUAUUAUCGUGUGUCGAUCGGAGAGGCCCAUCGGACAGGAGACGAGGGAGAAGAUAUCGAGUUUUUGUCACGUGGCUCCGGCGCAGAUAAUCAGCAUACCCGAUCUAAAAUCCGUCUACGAAGUCCCCGUCUUCAUGGAGAACCACGGCAUGGCCGAAUUCCUCGACGAACGCCUUCGCUUGGGCAUCGCCCCUUUACCGCCUCUGAGGAAAUACAUGCGACCUUGGAUCGAGCUGGGCUCGCGCAUGGCCAACUUGAAAUCCGAAAUAACGAUAGCCGUCGUGGGGAAAUACACUCGAUUGGAGGACUCGUACACGUCGAUAGCGAAGGCUUUGCGACACGCCGGCAACGCCGCCGGUUUUAGGAUCGAUUUGACGUUCGUGGAGGCGUCGAAUUUGGAGGUGGCAACGUUGCAGGAGGAUCCGGCGGCGUAUCACGAGGCUUGGAGGAAUUUGUGCGUGUGCGACGGUGUAAUAGUCCCCGGCGGUUUCGGCAAACGAGGCGUCGAAGGAAAAAUCCUGACAUGUCAAUGGUGCAGGACGAACAACAAACCAUUCCUAGGCAUCUGUUUGGGUUUCCAGGCGGCCGUCAUCGAAUACGCCAGGAACGUAUUGAAAUUAAACGGGGCCCAUUCGAUCGAAGUCGACGAGGAUACGGCCCAUCCGGUGGUGAUCGAUAUGCCCGAACACAAUCCGGGACAACUCGGCGGUACGAUGAGGCUCGGUAGAAGGACGACGGUGUUUAGGAAGGGCGAUUAUAAUUCCAAAAUUAAAAUGCUAUACGGCAAUCGAGACAAAAUCGACGAACGCCAUCGACAUCGAUACGAAGUCAAUCCGUUGUACACGAAACGCUUCGAAGAGGCCGGUCUCCGUUUCGUCGGCGUCGACGUCGACGAAAAACGAAUGGAAAUCCUCGAAUUGGAAGAUCAUCCAUUUUACGUUGCCGUUCAAUAUCACCCCGAAUACCUGUCGAGACCGUUAAAUCCGUCGCCGCCGUUUUUGGGGUUGGUUUUGGCGGCGAAAGAUCGCUUGAGGGCGUUUCUCUCGAAGGGUUGUAAAUUGUCGCCGAGGGAGCCGCAGUCCGAUUAUGAUUCUGACGACGAUUUCCUGUUAAAUCCUUUGAUGGCGAAGCAAUUGAACAUUACGAACGAUCAAGACGACAACAGCAGCGCUUACAGCAGUUCCAGUUUUCCAGAAGCUCCGGAAUAA